AUGAAGAUGAAGCACUCCGCCCUCUGCGUCCUGACUCUGGCUCUGGUCUUCGUGACUCUGCUCUCUGCUCACACAGUUGUGCCUAAGGACAAACCGGGAUCAUGUCCUGCUCAAAAGGUGAAGGGGUUCUGUUUCCCUCCGUGCGACUCUGACCAUGACUGUCCUGGUGUUAUGAAGUGCUGCUCCAGCAGCUGUGGGAAAUCCUGCGAGUUGCCAGUCUUAGGGCCCAAACCAGGAUCCAAACCAGGGUCAUGCCCUCCUCAAAUGCUUCCCUUCUUUCCUCACCACCCCCACCACCCCCACCCAUGUGAAGAUGAAUGUGCAGCAGACUGCGAGUGUCCCAGGAACCUCAAAUGCUGCUACGUCGGCUGUGGACGCCAGUGUGUGUGCCCUACACUAAACCUGUCACUGCCCGAGACCGGAGUCUUCUGUGUGUGGACGUGGGCGGAGUCUGCUGGGAGCACCUGCCCCCAUCUGCAAUCAAGUCUGCUACAAAUGCCCAGCUCUCCUGCCAGACUCUGCCAGGUUGUUUCGUCUACCUGA